AUGAUGACCGAAUUUGAGACCAACGACUCCAAGGCCCCGUCCUACACCUCUGUCGACCCUGUCGAGGUGGACAAUGCCGAGAAACAGGACCAAAAACUCACCAGCCCUAAGGCGAAUUGCUCAACCCACGGGCCCAGCCAAGUCCCCCUUCUCGAUCGUGAAUUGCAGAACCAGCAGGCAAAGGAUAUCAUCCGCACAUUGACAACUGCAUUGAAUGAUCUUACCGAUGAAAAGAAGUGCACCAAGUGCACGGUGGAGAAUAUUUCGACUCUACUCACAGGCCACGUCCGAGAUCUCAGAGCCGCGAAGCGCAGUGGGAUGUGGUCUAAAGAGGACAAGAAGGCUCUCAAGGCGGAGAUCAAAUGUCUCCUCAAGCCACUGAAGAAGGAUGUGAAGAGCCUAUGGAAGGCGAAUUAA